GUGGUCGUGAAGUACUAUUGCUAAUACUCCGGCCUCUUGCUCUUCUUAUUCCGGCCUGGCUGUAUGGGAGGGCGCGCUGGUUGCUCCUUGGUCGAAAAAGAAGCGGUCCGUCACGCGACAACCUGUUUCUUCCUCCCUUCUUCCUUCCAUGCCUGGCGCGUGCGCUCAUCGUGUAUCGCACGGAUGAUGCUGGAGCGUGUCGGCGGACUCGGCAGCGGACGACCGCGUUCGUCUUCUGAGGAGCCAUGAGCCUCAGCGGUGGGAGGCGUGUCCUACUGCUGCCAGGGACGGUGUGGAGUAGUGCCGCUGAAUUGACGAGGAACGCUGCAUCGGCCGUCGACUCUGCGGUGUGCAGAGGUAAACGGCGUCGUCGGUGCCUCGUUGUGUCCUGACGUGGUCCAAGCGGCGAGCCAUCAAAAAUUAGGACAUCGAAAGUGGAACCCGCGCAGCCAGAGAACCAGUGCGGCAUCAACGUCGUCGUCGCCGUUCAGCACCAGGCACCUCCUCAACGCCAAAGUCGGCGACCGAGAAACAAUGGUGGCCUUAGCGAUGCGUGUCACUGCGGUCGUCUUGCUCUGCAACCUGGUCGGAGCAGGAAUUACGGAGCACGCCACCAAGCUGCUGCGUCGAACGCUGGGCGGUGCGCCCUCGGUGACGAGCAAGUGCAUGCGUGGCCUUGGGUGCUUCGAGAACGACGACAUUUUCUACCACGUUAUCCACCGGCCCAUCAACGUGCUGCCCGACGACCGCGAGCGCAUCAGCACCCGGUUCCUGCUGUUCACCAAGCGCAACCCGAAUGAACCGGAGCUGCUGAGCGCCGACGGCAUGGUGGGGCCAGUCGAGGACUCUUUUUUCAACGGCUCGCUCAAGACGAAGGUGAUCGUGCAUGGUUUCAUGGACUCGCAGGAGGUUGGCAAGUGGAUGAUCGUGAGUGUCAUAUCGACGUACUAAAACAACGGGACGUCUCAUCUUUCGCUCACGUGACGUUCACUUGCUUGUGCAAUCUAAUGCCACAUAAGGUCCA